UUUUGCUUCUGUUCAGUUACAAACAAAGAUGGCGUCGCUCGCGGAGGAUACAGGUGCAUCCACUCCAGGAGCUUCUGGGGACCAGGGAGAGAAAAAAGCAGCGGCUGUGUCGUUUGGUUUUACUAAAACAGUGAGCAAGUUUAAACCCUCAGCUGGUGAGACUGGAUUAAAGAGCGACGAGAGGGAUUAUCUGAUCGGAAUCGACCGAAACGAAUUGCAAAGUACAAAACCAUCUGAGAAGCCCAAGGAGCUCAUCAUCCCCCUGAUCCAGAAGAACCGCUGGUUCAAACAUGAGAGAGCCGGGGACAGCGAGGGGAGUGGAGGCAAAACACAAGACACGGUCCAGGAAAACGACUCUGUGGAUUCUCAGGCUGUCAAGGAACUCAUUGAAGACUCUCGGAGGCAGCUGGAGCAGUGGGAGAACGGGCCUCAGUCUGAGAGACAACUGAACCUCAGUAUCCCAUUGUUGAUGCAAAACAAAGUACCGGAUGGCUUUGAGGAUGGGGACCAUGUGAAGGUGGAUCUACGACCUGAAUCUUCAACAGAGGCAGAUUAUGAGAGCAUUCCCGUUGAGGCGUACGGAAUUGCUAUGCUUAAAGGGAUGGGCUGGAACAAAGAGGAAGGCAUCGGACGCACCUUUAAACAACACGUGAAGCCAAUCGAACACCAGCUCCGUCCUAAAGGUUUGGGUCUUGGCGCCGAUCGUGCAGCAAUAAAGGACCUGGAGCCCACCAAAAAUCAGCGUCCGCCAAAACCGGGCGAGGAGCGAGUGAAGGAGGAGGAGCUUGUGAUGGGUCCAGGCGGCUUUGUGCUGGUGACAUCAGGGCCACAUAAAGAGCUGUACGGCAAGAUUGAAGGCUUGGAUCCAGACAACGCUCGAGUCAUGGUGAAGCUGGCUAUUGGCAGCAAGACGGUGACAAUCAGCCAGUAUGCUGUGAAACUGGUUGUCCGCAAAGAAUAUGAGAAAUACAGCAAAGACCUCAGUCGCCUCGGUAAAGCCCACAAAGACAAGGAAAGAGAGAAAGAAAAGGAGAGAGAGCGAGAGAAGGAUCAACAGAGGAGGGAGGAGAAAGAGAGGAAUGGCAAAGAGGAGAAACACAGAUCUUCAGAAAGAGACGACAGGAAAGAUGAAAGGAAGAGGAAGCACAGGGAAUCAAGUCAAGACAGAGAAAAACCUCCGGUGAAAGAAGCAAGGCGUCCGCCGGCUCCCCCGUCCUGGCUGCAGAGAGACUUAAAAGUUCGCUUCAUAGACAAAUCUUUCAAAGGGGGGCGAUACUACAACUCCAAGAUGCGUGUGGAGGACGUCCUGACACCGGGUACAUGUGUGUGUCGAACUGAAGAGGGAAGACUGCUAGACGAUGUGAAGCAGAACAUGCUGGAAACCAUCAUUCCAAAAAGUGAAAAUGACUACAUAAUGGUUGUACUGGGAGAGUACAGAGGACAGGUCGGCCGUAUUCUACAGCGAGAUAAGAACAAGUGCAAAGCGAUGGUGCAGCUGGACCGACACGAGGAGAAGGUGUUCACUUUGGACUAUGACUGUAUUUGUCACUAUGUAGGAGCAGCAGACCACUGAUCCAUCGUUAUGUCACCUUUAGUUCAAUUCCUUUUUUUUGUUUUCUCAUCCCAUCAGAAACUUUUCUUUUUGUAAUAUUCAGAAAUAAUGGAUUUAAGAUUUUAAGACAUUGCAUUUUGUAAUAAAUCAUUGUAAAUACGUA